CUCCAAACUUUUCAUAUGUCUGAAAAUUUAAAAAGUGUUCAAAAUACUGCUGUUUUUGUCAAAAGAACAAUUAAAGUAAUUUAUUUUUUUUCUUUUUGGCGCAUAAUUGGUAUCUUUAGAGAAUGCAUUUUUAAAAGAUGUUUAACAGAAAUAAUUUAUUGUUUCAGCUGGUAUUGGGAUGCAUGGUCUUCUUCAUGGGUAUUACUGUGCAGGCGAAAAAGGCUUUGUCAUUUCGAGAACGAUUAGUUCCUGUCAAUAAAAGAAACAUGGUUGACCAAAACCAUUCAAGUCACCACCGACGACAUCCUACGUAUGCCUCUUCAGCUCAAAAUUUGCCGAAUGUGUGUUGUCCUUCAAUAACGCGGAAAAUUGCUCCUCUAGGAGGAAUGUCAAGAAAGGGAACAAUGCUACAGUUGUAUCGCUCCGGGAAAACCGUACAAAAAUUUUACGAAACGACAUGCGCACAAAAUGUCGAAAACAAACCUUGUAUGUAUAUAAAUCAAUCAGAAUGGAGAUCUGUAUGUAGACAGGAAACAAGAUACACAUAUGCUAUUGUAAAAGAUUUUAACUCAACGGAUGAAUAUAGAAUAGAUUACAUGAAAAUAAAUUCCGGGUGUUCUUGCACGAUUCUAGGACCGGCAUGA